AUGAUCCUGACAAAAUCGAGUUUACAGCGAAGAUAUUAUCGGCUGAGAUCAGUUGCUUCUGGAAAUGAGCUGCAUCUGACUAUUGAGUCGCCGGUGUUCAGAUGUGAGAUUGCCGAUGGGCCACUCGGACCCAAGUUGUCGAGCCCGGAGCUCUUCGAGGACAGCAAUACCCAUACACAGACGGAAUUGGAUUGGAUUGGGCUUCUUAAUUACCAAUUCGACUUCAGGAUGAAUGUUGCACAGACACCUGAGGUGUGGGCUUUACCAUUGACACAAACAGGAAACCAUGAGUCUGCUUCAGGGAAUGUCCCUGGCUUUCUGAGACAGAAGGUGGGCUCUGGUGAUAUUUAA